AUAAAAUGCAUUAAAAUCAAGAAAUAUAUUAUUUAAAAUCCAUUUCAGGGCAGAUAUUGUGACAAAAGUAUACCAGAAAUAAAUGUAAACAGACAUAGUCACUCUCCACUCUGAGCGCUAGAUGGCAGCACGCGCGUGCGCUGAACAGAAGCGGCGCGUGUGUCCGCUUGUCCAAGCGUUCUAUCACGCACGCGCACCGGCGUCACGGCUGUCUGCGACUCUGCGUGAGCGCGCACGCGUUUUGCUGCACCUCAGAGACGGAGCGUUUUCAGCAGCCGUUUCCCGGGCCGUUUCUAACCGUCACCGACACCGUGGACACGCCAAAGGACCACAGUUUAUGAGGACUGACGAGGAAUGUCAUGGAUGUAUUUUGAGAUUGAGGAACAUUUUAAAGGCUGUUGGAUGGCAUUUCUUCAGGAGUUUAUGACACACUAUGGCCACUUUGUGAGUCCCAAUAAUGGAAGAGUGACCGGGGUUGGUUAUAAUGCAGCAAAGAAAAAUGCAGUCCAGUCAUGCAUCAUUUGGCGAUCUUAAUCAAGGGCCCUCUAUUUUCACUGAUGCCCUGGACCCUCUCUCUUCUCUUGGAUUGUAUUAAAAUCGAGUUACGUCUAACAACAAGAAAGACAGUACUGUUUAUCGACAAUAUCAUGUCACAACAAAGAUGAAAUUUCCUUUUAGAUGUCCCAGUUAAAACAAGGACACUGGUCACUUAUGUUAAGAACCUAAACUCUGGAAAAGAGUCAAACUCAAAGGGUGCACAAGACGGAUGAGGUUGCAGUAUGGCAGCUGAAUUUCCCCAAUGGCAACAUUCACGUAUGUGGUUCAGAGGAGAGUGACAGUUGCAUGAUGCAGCGAAGUGGAGGCAUCGUCGGGAACAGCCUGCGGCGGGUGCGACUAACCUGGCUCAGUUUCAUGCUUUUCUUCAUCUUGGUCUUCUUUCCUCUCAUUGCACAUUACUACCUCACCACAAUUGAUGAGGCAGGGGGACCAGAUAAGCGCAUUUUUGGGCCAAGACCUGGAGGAGAGCUGUGUGAAGCCAAGCAUGUGCAAGACCUUUGUCGAAUCCGGGAAUCCGUUAGUGAGGAGCUACUUCAACUGGAGGCAAAGCGUCAAGAGCUCAACGGCGAGAUCGCUCGACUUAACCUACGCAUUGAGGCCUGCAAACGUAGUAUCGACAGUGCCAAACAGGACUUACUGCAACUUAAGAAUGUCAUCAGCCAGACAGAGCACUCUUAUAAGGAACUCAUGGCACAGAACCAGCCAAAACUGUCUUUGCCAGUUAGACUUCUUCCAGACAAAGAUGAUCCGGGGUUCCCUCCUCCAAAAUCAUCCCAAAACUGUCGUUUGCAUACUUGUUUUGAUUAUGCAAGAUGUCCUCUUACAUCUGGUUUCCCUUUCUAUGUUUAUGACACAGGAUCCUAUCCUUGGGGUGAAAAGUUGGACCCUCUUGUUAAACAAGCCUUUGCAUCAUCUGUCAAAAGCAGUGUAUAUAUGACCGAUAAUCCAAACAUUGCUUGUCUCUAUGUAGUGCUUGUUGGAGAAAUUCAAGAAUCACCCUCUUUACCCCCUUCCUCACCCUCAGAACUUGAAAAGCAGCUCAAGGCAUUGCCAUAUUGGAGGUUGGACGGUCACAACCACCUGCUGGUCCACCUGUCUAGAAAGUCUUUGACACAGAACUUCUUGUACAAUGUUAGCACAGGUCGAGCAGCAGUAGCACAGUCUAUCUUUUUUGAACGUCAAUAUAGAGAGGGUUUCGACAUGGUAGUGUCUCCUCUAGUCCACGCACUGUCUGAGCCCAACUUCCUAGAGGUGCCUCCACAAGUCCCGGUAAAAAGAAAGUAUCUCUUCUCCUUUCAGGGAGAAAAGGUUGAGUCUUUGAGGAGCAGUUUUCUUGAAGCCCCACCACAGUCCUUUGAAGAGGAAAUGGAAGGGGAUCCACCAGCUGACUAUGACGAUCGCAUUAUAGGCACACUUAAAGCUGUACAGGACAGUCACCUAGACCAGGUUUUUGUAGAGUUCACUUGCAAGAAUCAGGCCAAGCCUAGUUUGCCAGCAGAGUGGGCAUUGUGUGGGGAGCGUGAGGAUCGUUUAGAGGUACUAAAGGUCUCUACUUUUGCCCUGGUGAUAUCUCCAGGUGAUGGACAGCUGGUGGCAUCCGUAGGCUGUAGCAUGAGACUUUUUGAGGCCUUGGAAGUUGGGGCAAUACCGGUGGUUCUUGGCGACCACUCAAAGUUGCCCUACCAUCACCUCAUACACUGGAGUGAGGCAGUUAUUAUGGUACCCAAGCCUCGUAUUACAGAGUUGCACUUUCUGUUGCGCAGUAUCUCAGACAAUGACCUUCUGGCAAUGCGACGGCAAGGUCGGUUUCUUUGGGAGACAUACUUCUCUACCUCAGAGAGCAUCUUCAGCACCAUCCUGGCUAGUAUACGAACCAGCAUUCAAAUACCAGCAGCACCCAUACGUGAGGAGCCUGCCCAGGAGAUCCCACACAAAGCUGGAAAGUUGGCAGGAACCGACGCUAACAUGGCUGACAAUGGAGACCUGGAUCUGGGGCCUGUUGAAGUUGAGCCCCCUUAUGCUUCGCCCCGCUUCUUGCGUAAUUUCACCUACACUGCUGCUGAUGUCUAUCGCACCUGGAAUCGUGCACCUGGCCCGUUCCAUCUAUUCCCACAUACUCCCCUGGACCCUCUACUGCCCUCAGAGGCCAAGUUUCUGGGGUCAGGGACUGGUUUCCGCCCUAUCGGUGGAGGAUCUGGGGGAUCUGGAAAAGAGUUUCAGGCUGCUCUAGGAGGAAACGUCCCACGGGAACAGUUUACCGUGGUCAUGCUUACUUAUGAACGGGAGGAGGUUCUUAUGAACUCACUGGAGAGGCUAAAUGGCCUUCCUUAUCUCAACAAAGUGGUGGUAGUUUGGAAUUCCCCCAAACCACCUUCCGAUGACCUCCUCUGGCCAGACAUUGGGCUACCCAUCGUGGUGGUACGUACAGAGAAGAACAGCUUAAACAAUCGCUUCAUUCCCUGGGAUGCAGUCGAGACUGAGGCUAUUUUGUCUAUCGAUGACGAUGCCCAUCUGCGACAUGAUGAAAUCAUGUUUGGGUUCAGGGUGUGGCGGGAGGCCAGAGACCGGAUUGUGGGGUUCCCGGGAAGGUUUCAUGCUUGGGACGUAAACCACCAGUCUUGGCUCUACAAUUCCAACUACUCUUGCGAGCUCUCCAUGGUGCUGACGGGUGCCGCCUUCUUCCAUAAGUAUUACGCGUACCUCUAUUCAUACGUCAUGCCUCAAGCCAUCCGUGACAUGGUGGACGAGUACAUCAACUGCGAGGACAUUGCCAUGAACUUCCUCGUAUCACAUAUCACACGCAAACCCCCCAUCAAGGUGACGUCCCGUUGGACUUUCCGCUGUCCUGGAUGUCCGCAGGCUCUGUCGCAUGACGAUUCGCACUUCCACGAGCGCCACAAAUGCAUCAACUUCUUCGUAAAAGUCUACGGAUACAUGCCGCUGUUAUACACUCAGUUCAGAGUCGACUCCGUACUCUUCAAGACGCGACUGCCCCACGACAAGACAAAGUGUUUUAAAUUCAUUUAGCAGAGUGGGGACGGAAACAAGCACAGAAAUCUGACGGAAAACUGACAUAGGAUGGUGUCUCGCUGGGGACAUGAAGGAAAUUAAAGCUUUGUUGUAAAUAUCAGAGUAUUUUACAUGGAAUUUGUUUUCCUUGAAGUCAAGGGAGAACAAUUACAGAAAUUGUCAGGCGUUUUUAAUGUUCACUUGUGCGUGAUCCAUCGGCAACCACUACAGGCUUUAUUUGCACCACUUUUAAUGAUCGACGGAAAAUUACGUGGAUGUCUGCAACUGGGAAACGUAAACGGAUAUCAAACAAACAUUUUGAUCUUGUUAUACUGACUAAACAUGCAGAGUUACAGGUAAAUGGUGGCUGUUUUUAAUGACAUAUCUGAGAAUUAUCGAGAAAUAUGGAAUGGCUGAGGUGUCAUCGCUGUAAACGAUUAAUCUUUUUAUUUUUACUUACUUUCCAUAUACUCUCUUGUAUAGAAUGCACUGAUGGUGAUGUUAUUUUUUUACGUGUGUGUGUGUGUGAGAUGUCGGUGACUAAACGUCACUAAUACCCGUCAAGUCGUUGUUGAUCAUCAGUAAGAAUAGCACAAGACUAAAUCAGUUUAUUAGUGUGAACACAACAAUACCAAACAUCACUGCAUAGGAAUAGCACCAGAUCAAACCACUGAAUGUUUUAACCUCUGUCACAAACAUACCAGAAAAUAAAAUGUCUGUAUAUAACCUCUUCAGUACGCUGACGGAAUAAGGAAUUCAACACCUUUUGCUGGAUAAUCACGUCUUGUUUGUGGUGACUUAAGAGAUCAUAUGAUUUCAUUGGUGAAUCUCACAAAUAUACGUUAUCAUAUAUCACCCCAAAAUCAGAAGAAAAAUAAUACAUAUUGGCUUUCAUGAAGAAAGAUGUCUUGCGUUGUUACAUUAUUUUCAUGACAGUUAUGCACAUUUUCCCCCCCGAUUCUCAUUACCAUAAUGUGACUUUUUUACUUUUAAGGAUUAUUAUUUUAAUUUUAUUUUUGUAAUUACCAGUAUUCUCAGUGGUGAUUCUCAUGAUCAUUACUGUAAAUACUCAAAAAAAAAAAAAAAUCAAAUCAACACAAAUUUGAAAUAAUACCAUGAUUUAUAAAUACUUAACAAUUAGAAAAAUUAUAAUUAUUUAAUGGGGGAAAUGACAGUCAUUUUUGUUUUUGCAGUGAAGUAUUUGCAAUUAUUAUUUAUUUAUUUUGUAAUUUCUAUUAUUCUUAAUGUUGAUUAUCAUUACAUUAUUGUUACUGAAAGUACUGAUGGAAAUAAAUUACUAAUACUUUUUUCCUAUUAAAUGAAGUUUAUUAUUCAAUAUAAAUUGCAGUCCAACAAGUAAUACCAUAUUUUAUAAAUACUUUACUAUUGAAAUAAUAUAAUUAUUAUUAAUUUUUUUUAUGGGGGAAAUGUUCUUAGUUGCCAUGCCAAAAUAUUUACUGCAAAAUUCACUGGAAAACAAAUAGUCCUUAAAUGGUCUUUAAAGACCUGUUUUCUUUAUGCUAAAUAUAGCUUCCCCAUAAAAUGAAGCCCAUUUCUUUGGACUAUAAGACUGUUUGCAUUGUGACAUUUUCAUGACAGUUAUACAUAUUUACAGCUCUAAUUCACAUUACAAUAAUGUGACUGACUGAACUUUUUACUUUCAAGCAUUUUUGUAAUUCCCAAUGUUAUCAAUGGUGAUUCUCAUUAGAUUAUCAUUACUGUAAGUACUGAAAAAAAUAAAAAAACACUUUUUUUUCUUUCAUUUAAAUCAACAAAAAUGUAAUGCAGCCCAACAAAUAAUACCAUAAUUUAUUAAUACUUUACAAUUUAAAUAAUACAUUAUUUUUUAGGAAGUAAAUGUGCUUAAUUGCUAUUAAAAUUAAAAUUAUUUAAUUGUCCUAAAAAAUACGGUAGUUUAUGUGAGAAAUGAAGCACAUUUUGGGACAAAUACAGAAAGUCUUUAAGACUAUUAAGUUUGCAUUGUGACAUCAUUUUUUUAUUACAAUUAAGCACAUUUCCACCACAAAUUCACGCUAAUGUAAUGUGGAAAAACUGUCAUUACUGUUAUACUAUUUUGCUAUUUAAAUCAGCAUAAAUCAGAUUCAUUACAACAAAUAAUGCCAUGAUGUAUACGCUUUACAAUUUAAAUUAUAUAUUUUAUUUUUGCAAGACUGUAGUAUGGAAUUUGGGAGGGGAAAUGUGCUUGAUUAUUAUGAAAACAACAUAUGCAAAACAAAAAACCUUAAUAGUCCUGGCUUCAUUUCAUUUCUCUCCAAGAGAAAGUUCACCCAGGAAUGUAAAUUUUGUCAUCAUUUACUGACUAUCAUAUUUUUCCAAACUCUUAUGACUUUGUUUGUUCUGUGGAACACAAAAAGAGAUGUUAGAAUGAAA